GCUGCUGCUGCUGCUGAGGGAGGAGGUGGAGGAGGAAGACGAAGAGGAGGAAGAGGCGAGCAAAGUAGCCCCACCAGCAAAGCGCAGUAGCACCUCCACCAACCCGGCCCGUCCCUUCUCACUAUCACUCACCGCUGUUGAAGCUUCCUGUAAGACCUGUGAGCUGUGGUUUCAAAUGGAAAAUGUCACUGGGCACUUAGAAGAAAACAGAAAAGGGGCGAGAAAGACAAGAGAGAGAGAGAGAGAGAGAGAAAGAGAGAGAGAGCUGAUGUGACUGUCAGUCUGCUCUAGUAGAAAGAAAGAGGAGCAGAGAGCGAAAUGAGAGAAAUCUAAUCAUCAGGCCAGAGGAGGACUACGCAAGGAUGUCAUUACUCUUGCCGACCACCUGCUAUCAGGAUACAUAAGUCAUGUCGUUGGCCGUGGAGACGCUGGUUGCCCUGUGGAUGUCGCUGGUUCUGAUUCCAGCUCAUUCUCACAAAGCCUCACCCGGACUCGUCUGCACAAAUGACUUUGUUAACAACGUCAGCUGCAGUUGGACCGGAGCUGGGCUUGGUUCUGCGGAGGACUGCUCGAUUUCUGGACAGAAGAUAUUUUGGAUUCACAGAGAACAGCACUUACACUCUCAAAGCUGCAAACUGAAGCAACACAGAAAUUCUUCUCUGGGCUGCAGCUUUGUCUUUGGAAAUACAGAGUUCUCUGGUUACGACGUGAUGCCAAGCAUCUUUUUGAAGUGUAACGGGACACUGGUGGAGAAGAUCACAGACUACAAGCCAGAUGAACACAUCAAAAUGCCUCCUCCAGGAGCUCCCCAGGUCAACAUCACUGCCAAUUUCACCCUGAUAUCAUGGAGCCUGGGGAAUCCCGUCUCAAAGUAUUUCACCUCUGGCUUCGACUUCCAGCUUCAGAUCAAACAGAGACAACAGCAAUGGAGGGACUCCAGAAAUGUUUCCACGAGGCAGCGAGAGCUGAGGUCUGAGGUGGGGAAGCUAAAGGGCCUCUUGGAAGUCAGAGUCAGAGUCAAUCCGGUUGGAAGACCCGGCAGCCACUGGAGCGACUGGAGCCUGACAACAUCCUGGGAGGAUUUGAAAGAUGAGAAAAGCCAUUCACACUCAACAUCAGAUCAGAACACAGUGAGGUGGAUCUUAUCCGCCCUCGGCUUGUUUCUCGUCACCGUCAUCAUUGUGUUGGCCCAUUCUAAGACCAGGGGGCUACUCAAAGGGAAGCCGCUACCGAAUCCCUCGGAGUACUUCCAAUCUCUCCACACUGUCCACCAGGGAAAUCUGAAAGAAUGGCUUAAUCCCUUUUCAGGGAGCCAGUCGUUCUUCGUCACCCCUUCUUGCGACCGAAUCUCCCAUGUCGUGGUGUGUGAGGACUGGAACGACGGGGCAUCCUCCCCGUCUCCAACGUCCAUCACCACAAGCCCCCUUCUUCACUUCCAGUAUCCCACUUCUUGCUCAAACAGCAACGGCCUCAUCUACAACUCGUCGUCCCGGUCAAGCUUCUCAAACGUGGGUUACUUCAUGUCCAGCUCCUCCGGCGGCGGCUCGGCUCGGACCUACUCCAACCCGGCUUGCUUCGCCUAUCAAGACAGUUUCCAGGACCCUCGCCACAUCCAUGGCCUGCAUUUCCCCCUGUGUGAUUCCCUCGCUUCGUAUCCCGAAUAUGAGAGUCUGAAAAGGGAGCCGGAGAGCCCCGACUCUGGUUUUGGCAUUAUGAAGGAAGAUGAAAUGAAAGAGACACAGAGAGCGAUUAGCAAGGAAGGGGGGGAAGUUCUGAAUGACCAGAGUUCCCCUCUUCUCUUCCUUCAUCUCCACCUUCCCUCUCGCCCUCCUUCCUCUCCAUCAGCUCAUCCUUCCACGUUGACACAGCCGUCUGAAAGCCAGCAGAUGGACAUUGAUGAGACGGACACAGCUGCUCAGCCUGCUGCUGGCACCAUGUGCAGAUCCUCCUCUAUGCCCGUGGAACCCUUCAGAACCGGCUAUCUAACGCUUAAAGAGUUACAAAUGACAUUCAGUAACAAAUCCAUCUAAAAGCUGACCUUUUAGAAAAUUGACUCAUCAUUAGGAGGAAUUCAAGAAGUGUUUCUAAGGAGAGAAAACAGAAACAAAACACAAUUUGUCACAGAGAUUCAAAGAUAGACACAAGGUAGUCUAUCUACUGUCUACUCCUUGAGGACAGUAAAGUGUACUUUGCUGCCCAUGCAAUUUUUGAAGUCAUCUGGCUGAGACUGGUUUGGAGAAGAAUAAGAAAGGAAUAUCUCUUAAUCACAGAAAACAUAACCGGCAUAAACUUAUUCAGGAUGUUCCUGUUUGAUCUCAUGGUGUCAAGAGUUCCUGAGGAAAACCACCCCCCAAUACUGCGACCAUUUUGCAUUUUGCAUCCCCAGUUUCUACAAAUCUCAGCCUAUUUUUGUGUACUCGGCUUGUAAAAUUGUACUAUAGGUUGUGCAUGUCAUUUAUAUGAUCUAACACAUGUGGGUUUUCCCAAACAACCUGAGUGUUUAGCAGAGACUGCAUUGGCUGCUGCAUCUCCCCAUUCUGUCUGUGUCACAUGACCCACUCUGCAAAGCAAACACCUAGGUUUCCGAAGUAGCAGAAUGACCUUGUCUGUGAGCUUUCUCUACACGCGACUAACUAGAACUGUGACCACAAGUCAUAUCAAAACAGAGAUCAAACAUGCUAAUGUUAGCCUAGCACUACAGCUAACUUGUCUGGAUAAAUACAAAAUCAUCAGGAGCAAGAUUUAAGUUUAUUGAAGACUAACGGUGUGUUGAGUCACAUACAGCUACAGAAAUAAACAAUUUAAAAAAUGCUUGUUUCCAGAUGACAUGUUGUUGGGAAAUUAUGGCGUUCCUUCUCUUGGAGCAGCAACUAACUAGGACAAAAUACGUGUAGCUGUCUAGAAACGAAGAUAUCAGAGGCUGCAGCGCCAUUUGUAAAUGUGCCACAAGUACGUUAGUAAUGUAGACCAUUUCCAGCAGAUCCAUGGUAUCACCAGGAGGUUGAGACCACAAUGGUCCAUAAACAGCUCAAAUCUGCAAAUACUUGAGAUCUUCCCCACCCAAAAGACGCCAAUUACUACCUAUUUUAGUAGUUGAAACACCAAAUACACCUUAAUAUCCACUGAUACGAGCAGGAGAAGCCAUCUUUGCACUACCACAGAAACUAAUGCCCACAGUGUUAAUCGUCUUGGCUCUUGGGGACAAAGACAAUCAGCACCAAGGAGAACAAAUGAGGCUCCUGCAUUGGGUUCUUUCUAAAUACCAGCCAAUAGUGUAUCAAGAAGCAUCGUCUCUUGGUGUUUCAGCUUCCCAAGCUUUGUUUGCUCUUGAAUAGUUUGGGAUGAUCAAUGAAAUAAUUGCAAUUUGGCAAAUUUACUGCAAAUUUUCUGCCAAUAUUUUGGAGUCACAUUCCACAAAGAAAAUCUCCAAAAAGGUGAAUCUGACCGUUGCAAUGCUGGUAAUACAUUAUUGUAAAGCCCAGACAUGGCUAUUCUUCUUCUAUCAGGCUGGGAAAAAUCCUAUGUACUAUUACAUCAACUUUUUCUGUGGCUGCUUUUUUCAAAUAUGUAACAGAGACGAGGUGAUCUGAACUGUUUUUCUCACAUCAUCAGAAAAUUUUAAAGAUGGUGAAACCUAAUAAAUGAGCUGCUAAGAGCUGCAUAGAUGUAAGGGGAAGAAAACGCUGAUAAAUCUGUGCUGGUUUAACUUCACUGCUAAUUUUUAUUGUACUAUGUUGUUUGAUCUGCAUUAAUUAGUUAUCAACAUUUACUCUCAAUAAAGAAAAGUACAACA